AACUGACGUUGGAAUUGCGGUGGUCCAGAGCGAAUUGGGAAUCGUAGGUGAAAAGAGAAGCCCAGCCCACAAAAAGGAAUAAAGAAGCGGCGGAAUUAGGGUUUUUACGUAUACAGAUCGACAAAGAGGAGAGCGAGUGAGUGAAGAUGGCCAAAACUAGCCGUAACCCAGAUUUGAUUCGCGGCGUUGGAAAGUACUCCAGGUCACAAAUGUACCACAAGCGUGGUCUCUGGGCCAUUAAGGCCAAAAACGGCGGCGUUUUCCCCAGACAUGACGUUCAGCCCAAAUCAGAGCCUCCGGCUGUCAAGCCGCCCAAGUUCUACCCAGCUGAUGAUGUCAAGAAGCCCUUGUUUAAUAAGCGCAAGCCCAGGCCCACCAAGCUCAGGGCGAGUAUUACACCCAGGACUGUGUUGAUUAUAUUGACUGGGAGGUUCAAGGGCAAGAGAGUUGUAUUUCUUAAGCAGCUGCCUUCCGGCCUUCUUCUCGUUACCGGUCCUUUUAAAAUAAAUGGUGUCCCUCUGAGGCGUGUGAAUCAGGCAUAUGUGAUUGCUACUUCAACUAAAGUCAACAUAGAUGGCGUUAAUGUUGAAAAGUUUGAUGACAAAUACUUCGCCAAGGAGGUGGAAAAGAAGAAGAAGAAAGGGGAGGGAGAGUUUUUUGAAGCUGAGAAAGAUGAUAAGAAGUCCCUUCCACAAGGAAAGAAGGACGAUCAGCAAGCGGUGGAUGCUAUUUUGUUGAAGUCCAUUGAGUGCGUCCCUGAUUUGAAGACCUACCUGAGUGCGAGGUUUUCACUUAUGUCAGGAAUGAAACCCAAUGAACUUGUCUUCUAACUGUUCCAACUUUUAGGAGGGACGUGAAUACUGUAUUCACGUCUUCUAAGUGUAUGCCUAUUGUUCUCAUCAAGUAUUUGCUCUCUAAUGAAAUUUAAAUUGAGGUUCUGCUUUUUUGAGUUGUUGGCUACCAAGAUACCUGUAAGAAUGUUGGAUGAUAUUGCUCUAUUUUAUUGCAAUGGCCAAUGGGCUGUGUGUUCCGUCUA